AUGUGGCACUCAUGCCUUUCAGCUCUGGGCGCCAAUCCAAUGGGAAUAGGGCUCGCUUAUUUUAAGCAUGUUUGCUGGAAUGGAAUUUGGCCAACGCUUCUUGGGUACAUCGGGUUCGAGGGUCAAAAAGAGCUGCCUGGUCUUUACUUCAUGAUUGGUCCCGUGGUUCAGUUCUUGGUGCUACCAUUACGCUGUCAUCUAGGGACGCUAGUCUUCUUCUCGCCUUUAUCGCAGCCUUUGUUACAGUCAUCGCAGUCAGACUCUGGGUUAUCGUCUGCUUCACCGUCCACCAAAUCCUAUCUACCAACGGAAAGCAUGACGGACUUUACUACCAACGACAAGUCAUUCUGCGCAAUACGAAAUCUGCCCCAGCUGCUGCAUGGCUAUUCCUGCAACAAGCUUGGUACUGGCGUGGUAUCGCAAUAUCAGCAGUUACUAGAACAAUCCCUUGGGCUUUAUUCUGUGUCUGCUAUUUCCUGGGUUUUGCUGUCCUUGCAGUCUUUUCGUCGCAGAUAUCAGACUCAGCUUCCGAAUUUCGACUACUCCGCAAACCUUGGAAAACCCACUUUUGAUAACUUCCGAGCGUCUACCUACGCCAAGGAAUGUUAUCAAAACACAAACUCUAUAUUAUGCAACAGCUUAUCUGUGUCCGACCUGCCACGAACUAAUGCAUCCGUUGAUUGCCCUUUUGACAAAAGCAUAUGCCUGGGCACACCUGCGUUCAAAAUGCAGACGGAUAUGCUUGAUUCUCAUCGCUAUUUCGGAUUUAACGAAAAAGAAAAGAAUAGAAUCCGCUACAAGAGGGAAACUGUGUGUUCACCAUUAGUCACCGAUGGCUCCCCUAGUUUUAUACAGUAUGUUAGGGGCCGAGAAGCCAGAACACUAGGUUGGGAAGACGACGUGUUGAUAAAGUAUUUGUACGGCAAGCUUAAUGGCGGACGAAUUAACCAAACACUGCUAUACAACACUCUUUCUGGCAAUGCCCUAACUGGCUAUACUACCUGGAGCUAUUACUACCCUUCCCAAGACGCUUGGCGGCCGCUCUGCAAUCCAACCAAUGCUAAGUGUACACGGCUGGUUGGUAGUCACGGAAUCCUUGAAAGCGCAAUGGAUCAUAAUUUGGAUUUCAACCGUGUGCAGAAAGUCACAAUCCAGCGCCUCGCGCUGUUUCUUCAGUCAUCGACCUUCUAUCAUACAAUCUUCACGCGGACGCAGAGCUUUCUCCGUGCUCAGGAGAAAUAUCAGAUGAUGGAGUAUGCCGCUGGGUCUCCAAGGUCUGAUGCAGUGAGUGUUGUUAAGCCAUGGAUCAAUUCCUCGGACAGUGAUAGGGAUGCUGCUGUUUGGGAAUCCAUGUGCGACAACCAGAGGACUAGAGACACUCAGGGAACUCUAAACUUCUCCAUCCUUGGGCUGUCUCUGUUAUUCGGGCUGGGUUUAUACAUUAUCUUGGUUUCGUUUGUUCUCGAACUCCUCUUGGCAUGGGCUCAGAAGAAACUGGGAAGAGGGUUAUACAGAGCCAAGCGUUGGGAGCGAGAUGGUACUCUACAGCAGAUGAGAUUGCUGUAUGAGAUCCAGGGUGCAGGCGUAUGGAAGGGAACAACUGAGGACUUUCCUCGGACAACCUCAGGAGAUUUGUUUGAGCACGAUGAGGAGUUCAGCCAAGCCAGAAGUGUUUGA